CGCAAUAGUUUUCACAUGAACCAACAUUUGCUCGAAUCUAUUUCAGCCGGAGUCAUCUCAAACGAAUCUCCGUUUCCAACCGCAGCCUCAGCCAGAAUCACUGCGUCGAGUGUCUGCUCCUUUAUCGUUGGAUGGAAGUCGUAAUACGAGUGGUUUAACGCUAGCGGAGCGGAAUGAAAUCAGCAAAGCGAAGCGCGCAGAAAGAGCAAGAAUACGGUAUCACAGUAUGCGACCAGAAAUAAGGCAACAACAAAAUGCUAAGCGUGCCGAGCUACUGCGCAAGGCCCGUCAACGAGAUGAGGAGUUAUGCCAUUUGGCUGAAACCUGCCAGCUAGAUACGCUCGACGAUGAUACGCGACGAGCUAUCGCAGAAGCGCAAAUGAGACGAGCAAGAAGAGCUGAGCAGGCGAGGGCGAAGUACCACCGCAUGAACAGUGAGGAACGAAGGCAGUACAACGCGAUGCGAGAUGCUCAAAGACGUCAAAGAAAGCGAGCGCAGGAAGAAGCGCGUCAGCGGGCCCAAUUGAAUGGUAAGGAUUCCCAUGGCAAAAAACUGUUUCUUCCAUGGUUAUUACGAUUUCAGAGGUACUAUCAACAGAAACCGGUCUCAGUCCACACUCAAUGUCACCAUCAGUGA